AAAUGGCGGUCAAGUGAGACACUUUCACGUCACUGACACUUUCACUUUCGCGAAAAGGAAGAUGGAGAGAAGUUAAUAAGGAUAAAAGUCACACGAACGAUGUCAGUUCUGCAGAAAAAAUGUGACAUACAACAAAUGGAAGUUACUCCAACAUGGGGAGACGCAAGGUGUAUUUGAGUUGGGCCAAUAGCGUCCUUCGUGAUGCUGGCCAGGAAAUGAAAGAUAUUGGGGAGAUUCAACAAGGAGUAGUUCUUUGUCAGCUGAUUGAUAAUCUGGACCGUAGCGCACGGCUGGUCAGGAAGCAACAGUUGAGUGGUUCUGAAAAGCCAGAAGAAUACAUCCAAGCUGCAAUUGAUCACAUGCGCAAAAAUGGAGUUAAGGUUUCUUUUAGUACUCAAGAUCUACUGGACAAGGAUGUGAAGUCUAUGUUGGAUGCCCUGUGGCUGAUCAUCCUUAACUUCUGUAUUCACCCGAUAGAACGUGGAGUGUUCCAAAGGAGUGUUGGAAUCGGAAAGAAGCAUAUCCUUGAAUGGUGUCAACAACAACUUGGGGCUGAUUUUGACCCCAGAAAUACCCUUGCUUACAAUUUAUGCACAGGAGAUUGGUUCAUAAAACUUCUACAGAAACAUACCGGGAUUUCAAACACGCAACAAGAGGAUAAAACUGACCAGGUGAAAACUUUAUUGGAAGUAGCAGAUGAAAAAUUAUCUGUUGAACAAGGGAUCAUUAAUCCUUCUGAGGUUGUCGAUGGAACUAUUGAUGAGCAUACGUUGAUGAUCUAUAUUUCUCUGCUUCAGAGAAAGGUUGGAGGAAAUGAUCAUGUUGAAAAUGGGGAUCACCAUCAAGAUAUCUCGGAGCAGGGAUUAAUUCAAAAUCUAGAAUUGCAUCACAUUCCUAAUGGAAAUGCUCAUGAUGAUCAACUGAGUGCAACUUCCGGUUCCAUAUCUCUUACUUCCGGAUACAGUCCUAGCGACUCAGAUCGAAGAGAUUGUUAUAGCGAUCGGAGGUCUCCGAGUCGUGAUAGAUCAACUACCUCAGGUUAUAGCGGCACUUCUGGUCAGAGUGACCUAGAUCGAAGAGAACGUGGAAGCGACCGCUUGAAAGAUAGUUUUGAUAGGAAACAAAGAAAAGUUAGUCCUGGAAGCCCUGGUUUGCAACGUCCUCGCAGUCAUCGAGUCAUCAUGGCAGAAAUGAAGGGAAAACUUGAAGCAGAGCAAAGAAGGAAAGAGAGAGAAGAAGCAGAGAGACAACGAAAAGAGGAGGAUGAGAGACGAAGAAAGGCAAGACUCGAAAUGGGUAUGAGCCGCGACAUGGGAGGGACCCCUGGGAACAGGGUAUCCAGUGAUGAGGAAAGGCGGGUAGCAGAAGGCAGUUCUUUAGGAGGGAGUUCUUUUGCAGAACAACCUCAACUAAUUAGUGCAAAUCCGCAGUUAUUUCAAGGAAUGGGUGGUGUUCCGAUUUUUGUGAUGCCAAGUCAGGGACCACAAGCUAUGUUACUGCUUCAGGCCCUUCAACAGGCGCGGCAAGAAGCAAACUUCCACGAUACAGACAAAUAUUCUUCCUCCCAGCAAACUCUGCCAAAACUGCACACUUUGUUAGAUUUGGAUGAUGUUGAUGAGUAUAGUCCUAUUGUAACCUCAAAUGGUGGAGAAUCACUUGAAUAUGUCGGGGAAUCACCAGCAAAAUUUUCUGGAAGUGAAUCUCCGAGAAGGGAAUCCCCAAGAAGGGAAUCUCCAAGGAGGGAAUCCCCAAGGAGGGAAUCCCCAAGAAGGGAAUCUCCUAGGAGGGAAUCCCCAAGGAGGGAAUCUCCAAGUCCAAGAAGGGAGUCACCAAGGAGAGAGUCUCCUAGAAGGGAAUCCCCACGUAGGGAAUCUCCAAGAAGAGGAUCACCGGGAAGGGAAUCCCCAAGAAGGUCUGGAUCACCUGAAUUCAGGCCAAAUAAGCGGGGAAUUCUCGAGGUUGUUCACGAUCCUCUGGAAUUAAAAGAGGAAGUCACAGAUCUAUCUACAACUGGAAGUGAGGCUGAACAAAGGCGAUUCCCUCGCGUUGAUUUAACCGAGCCUGUAAAGGCCAUUAUUGAAAAAGAAAGAAAAUCUCCUAGGGAUCGCAGUCGGAGUAAAUCACCUCGUGAGCGUAGAUCACUUACGCCUGGAACUUCAGACAAUGAAGAUAUGACUGAUAAAUCCCUAGAAGACGAAACUACACCUAAAUCUAUACUUAGAAAUAAACUUUCUAGUCCAGAGAGGGCUAGUCGACACGACAAUACCAUUCCUGGGGGCACUUUCGAAAAACUCCGGCCUGAUCGAUCCCCGUCUUUAGGGAGAAGAUCAAGUCCGGAUAGAUCAUAUCGAGAACACUCUUCUGGAGAGAGAUCUCCAGCUUAUCCUUUAUCCGAUGGCGAGGAAACAUCUGGAACAAGGGAUAAUUCACCAGGAAGGAGCACCAAUAAUUCAGAUCCUAACAGGCGACUAGUUCGAGUUUUAAACAGGGAGCUAGAACUUUUGCGAUUAAAAAUGGAUGUCCUGGAACGUGCUAAUAUGUCAGAGGAUACAGACUUAGAAAACCUAGAAAGUGUUACAACGAAAUUAUCAGAGAAAGUGAAAGAAACUCUCAGUAAGGCUACAUCUUCUCCAAAGAGACGACAGUCUCCUGAACCUCAUAGGGGACGGAAGUCUCCAGAUUAUGAACGUGGACGAAUGUUCCUGAAGAAAGGAAUCGAUUCUCCACCUCGAUCUAACUCGGACAAUAGACCAAGUCGAAGACGUCCAUCUCCGGACCGAACUUUAGAUAGCCCCCGGUCACACAGUGUCGGAGACAAGAUUCAUGCGGACUUGGAUGGUCAGAUGACCUUUUCGCCAAUAACACGUGGGAAACCUAUCAAUCUUGGUUACACUAGUCCUAUUCGGAAUGUCUCGGAAGAAAUCUGGGGAAUUGAUCUUUCCGACCUGGAUUCAGGUUUCGAUCCUGAUAGAAUGAGGAAAUGGAAAAAGUUAGCAUCCAUUGAUAACGUUACUGAUCGAGAGGCUGUUCAAUUGAAACAAGGUCUAGCCUCAGCUGUUUCAGAAAUAGACAUUCUUCAAGCAAAAUUGAAUAAUGCUAAUGCGGAAAUUCAGGCAAAAAUGUCAAAAACAAGUGACGUUUUGAAUGACUGUCGUUCUCAUUUAGGAAAAGCCCAAGCAGAAAAUAUGGAAUUACGCACACAACUUGAGAAAGAACGCAUAAGAAAUGACACGUUGGAGAAUCGUAUUAGAGAUGCAGACAGUAGUCUCCAUGCUGCUAAAUCAGCUAAUGACGAUUUAGAAGCAGAACUUGGACAAACACGGGCGCUUCUAAAGGGGGCAAGUAAAAAGGACAUUCCUACCCUUCAGUCGCUGAUGGAGGAGAGGGAUCGACUGCUGGAGGUUCUGGCGACUACACAGAAAGAAAAUACUAGACUUUUACAGAAUGCCGAUCAAAGCAAGAAACGCAUACGGAAGGGACAGUCAACUGUUAAUGACCUCCGCGGAAUCCUGGACGAGGCAAUCAAGGAACGACGUCAGCUUUACGAUGAAAUCAAACGUCUGCAGACAGAAGGUCAGCUAUCACAGGUCUCAGGAAUAAUAGGAAAGUAUAUGGAAAAGGGUCUUUACGAUAUGGAGGAACGACAGCAACACUUAAAUGGUUAUGUCACAAGAAGUCGAUCAAAUUCGGAUAUUUCUCAGCCUUCCGUAUCAGAACUACAUGAAGAAGAGAUCCAAAGACCUAUAUCACCUAGUCCUCUUCGCAGGUCCGUGUCCCCAGUAAACGUCAGUAAGCACCCUAAACGGUCCACAUCCCCUUCCUCUAAGUACACUGAUUCAGUAGAACGUGUCAAGAAAUCGCAUGGCAGCCUUGCUCUGCUCAACGUUACAAACAGUCCCAGUAAAUGUGCGACAUUCAACAUGUCCGGAAUUUCGACAAAUCAUUCUCUUGACGAUGAUAUCGACGAUGAGUAUAACUAUGAGGACAUUUCUCCAUCAGUGCCAUCAAACUUUCGUGAAAUAUAUCCCCAUCGAAGAUCACGGUCGUAUAAAAAUAACUUUUCAUCGUCAAUGGAAUCAGAUGGCAGGCGAUCGCCUUCUGACUAUGAAGACAUGGAAGUGCAGAAAUUGAUGGCCGAACAACAACAGCCAAUCAGAAGGCUCGAUUUCGACAAAGAUUUGGAUGAUAGCUAUCUGACACGAGCUCCAAAGAAAGAUUUUCACCAUCAACGAUCACGAAGUCCAGGAGCAAUGGACAUUUCGGAACUCAGGGAUCAUCGUAAACCAGUAAGGAGACAGCUCUAUUACAACAGUCCUAAUCGUAACGCCGGAGGUGACGGUAGCAACAAAAUAUACCUUGCUAAACAUGAUGGACGAGAGCUUAUAGAAAGUAUCAUAGAAUCGCCAGUAGACAACCGGUUCAGGGAUGUUUCACCAAGGGAUACAACUCCACCUGCUAGGAGGUCUCAGUUGGAUGUUGAUAUAGACAAUAGCAACAAGAUUUUCAUUGAAGCGUUGAACAGUGCUGUGCAACAAGAAAAUGGAAAACGUUAUUUUGACGAUUUUGAUAUUAAGUCUCCAAAAUCUCCUAUGGACACUAGAAACACUAUAUUAUCCUCUAGUCUGGGUCAAGAAAAAGAACGACAAAGGUCUCAAAGUCCCGGUUUAAAAGGCAUUUUGAAGAGCACAAAGGGAGAACAAAACAUGAGUAUAAAGGAAGGGUUUCCACAAUACCAACGUUCCUUAUAUUCUCGCUCAGUUUCGCCUGUCAGAUCACCAAGGUCGAUGUCACCAAGGUCAAGGUCACCAAGGUCGAAGUCACCUACGAAUUCCGGUAUCGGUAAGCCACUUUUUAGUAGUGGAGCACCAAAACGAUCUGGAAUUGUUCGGAAUCCUUCUGACCUUUUCUCUGAAGACAGCCUUUCAUCUCCAGGACGCUUCAUGUCGCCAUCAGCACAGUACCAUCACACCCCACUUCGUUUUCUAUUAGGGGUCGCCAAGUUUGCGGAUGAGCAGUAUGUCGAGAGUAAAGUGACAGAUAUGUUUGUAGUAAGUGGAUCCGACUCUGAGGAACACUAGCUUUCGGGGAAAACAACUCUGUCCGUUCUCCAGGACUUUCUUUAUUCUUCACUUCGUCAUGGAUUUCUCAUUGAUUCCUAAGGAGCGAAUCUCCACUUCACUUGGAAUUCUCUUCGAGGAAUACCCGUCUCAUUGGAGAAUCCCUAUUUUAUCCUCAAACGAACUGUGAUGUCUCGUUUCAUAAGUUACAUUUUACGUCAGGGAAUCUCCAUUUUUCAAUCCUGAUUCAAACAAGUUAUUCUACGUUACUUUUGGAGAUAAUUUGUUUACCUAAGGAUAAGGUAACUUAACUACACUUUUAUAAGAGCUGUGAUAUUUGUUUAGAAUUUCAUGAUAUAUAUAGAGCCAUAUUUCUUCCAUUUCAAUUAUGAAAAUAUUUCAUACAUUAGACAUGUAAAAUGAAAAUUGGCACUUUGAAAAUUGAAUCACUCAAUAUGUACAUAAAAGUAUAACUUUAUUUAUUUUACAACAAUUGCGAUACAAGCUAUGCCAACUUAAACUGGUCAUUCUUGCUGGCCCUAAAUGAAAGCUUGCAUACAUAUAUAUCAGUUAAGUGAAAUCUGACAGAGAAAUAUUAAAGAAAUGUUGGUAGUAAAAACUUUCCAAUUUCUCCUGUUAUAAUUACAAAUCCAUGCAUUACGUUUGAAUGUUCAGUUACUUAAAAUUGUUAAAGCUAUAUUUUUCAUAUAUUUAUUAAGCCAUGUGAUAUCACAUCUAUACUAUAAAUUAAAAACUGCUAGGCAAUUUACCAGUUAUUCAACCGUCUUAAAGUAUAUAAUAGACAAGAUGUACGAAGAUAUACAAUAUACAUUUAUAUAUAUUUAGCGUAAAUUUGUCUUUUUUGCUAUUUAUAAAUAUAAUUUGUCUAAAGGCUGUUAAUGUUUUAUUAACAAUGCCAUUUUAGGGUUGAGAGAAGUUAUAAUCUGGUGUUUUCAACAUUGGUGCUCGCCGUUAAUGAACCAAUCAGCUGAUGAAUUCAUUUCAUCUAUUUUUAUUGGUGGCUGGUUUUAUUUACGUAUUUCUUUAAUUCUGUAAGUUUUUUAUUUAUUCUAUAACAAAACUACUUUUUUCUUAAACCCGUCCAUUUUUUAAUUAAAAGUUUUUGCUUUUUUAUUUAUUUAUUUUUUGUGAUAUUUUUAACAAAAUGCUUAAUCCGUCCAUUUAUAGAACUUUAGCUCAUUUUACUUUAGUGAACUUUGUGUUUUUUUGCUAACGGGAUACAUAUAGUAUAAUUUACCAAAUAUGGAAUUGAAUUUGAUAUUUCAUAACAAAUAUUGUAUUGUCGAUUAAAGAUUAAAAAAAAUUAAUAGGAUUUAGAAGAAUAAUGAUACAUAUAUAUAUAUAUA